AUGAGCAGUACGAAUCGUCUUUUCACUCGAUUAUUCCCAAGACUUAGUAAAUUUGGUCAAAGAGCUUAUUCUGGUUAUGUAGAUGCUUUACAUACUAAACCUAUUUUAACAAAGGCAGUAACAACAGGAACAUUAUAUUUCAUAUCAGAUACUAUUUCACAACACCUAGAGAAUAGGAAAAAAGCAAGCGAUGAAUGGAAAUUUGAUUAUGUACGAGCAUUCAAGUUUUCAGUCUUUGGAUUCGUAAUCACAGGACCGACUUUUCAUUUCUGGUAUCAUAUUCUGGAUACCUCUUUCCCUAAAAAGGUUUUUUCGCACGUCAUCAUCAAAGCGGCACUUGAUCAAAUCAUAUGUGCGCCUAUAUUUGAUGCCGUCUUUUUCAUGGGCAUGGGUGUGCUCGAUGGCAAGUCAAAAGAGGAUAUCUAUACAAAACUUAAAAACGAUUGGCUCAGAACCUAUCUGGUAGAUUGUGCUGUCUGGCCAAUUUGUAAUAUUGUAUCAUUCCGUUAUAUUUCAAACAAACAAAGAGUUUUAUUUAUGAAUAUCGUUAAUAUUGGUUGGGCUGCUUUUUUGGCAAGUAUAAAUGCUGGUCAUUAA